AUGGCUAGCCCUACUGUUCUCACCUUUGAUGCUGAGGGGCGUGCAGUUGACUUUGACGUGUGGGUUGACGACCUGCAGCUCUUUCUUCAGUGUGACUCUAGAGAUGGGGUAUCACUUUUCGAUCACACGUCCGGUGUCUUUACUGCUCCUGCUGCCACUGCUGACACUACGGUUCGCUCGCAGUGGACCACUCGUGAUGCUGUUGCUCGUCUUGCUGUUCGUAGUCACCUGCCGCCUGCUGAGCGCGCGCAUUUUGGUCAGUACAAGACUGCUCAGUCUUUGUACGACGCUGUAGUUGCGCGCUACUCCUCCCCUGCCACUGCUGCCCUCAGCCGCCUCAUGCUGCCGUACCUUUUCCCUGACCUUGCCGCCUUUGCCGCAGUCGCUGACCUAGUUUCUCACCUCCGCACUAGUGACGCCCGCUACCGCGCUGCCCUUCCCACUGAGUUCUUCAGGGACCACUUUCUCUCCCUUUGCCCCACCAAGCUCACUGUCGACCUGCUAGAGGAGCGCCUAGAUCCAGCUGAGAAGAGUAUCUUAGCUGUAGGUGCUUCUCGCGGCGACCGUCGCACCCCUUUCUUUGAGGGGUGUUCCCCUGUCCCCCUUCUCCCCUCUGUCGCUUCUGCUGCUGCUGUCGACCUCGUUGGCACUGAGGAGGUCGGCGCUGCGUCUGCCCCUAGUGGGAGACACCGCAACAGCAAGGGCAAGGGGAGCAAGGGUGGUGGGGGGGACGGAGGGGGCGGCGGCGGAGGCGGUGGAGGAGGCGGAGGGGGUGGCGGUGGGGGUGGGGGUGGUGCCGGGAGUGGGGGCUUCAGUGGCGGCGGUGGCGGUGGUGGAGGCAGCGGCGGAGGUGGUGGAGGCAGCGGCAGCGGUGGCGGGGGUGGCGGUGGCGGUGGUGCUGGUCGAGCAGCUUCGUGA